GCGCUCGAGCAGGAUUUUAUUGUAUACUAACUAUAUAAAAACAUGAUUUCAUAAUUGUUGAACACAUAAAUUGGCAGCAACUGUUGAAACAGUGCUGCGUAACGUGCGCCGCCUACAGCUGUUCGCUUCUCUUGGCUAUGUCGGUAUUAAACCAGUUUCCUAAAUCGUUAACAAAAGUGCUACAACAAUUCAGAACAUCGAAAUGCCUGCCGCAGGCUUCAUAUCCAACCAACCGCAAUAUAUGGGGGUAUGUGGCCGUCGCCUUCAAUCAGGUGGAUGCGGACCGUCUGGCCAAGGUCGGUCCAAAUCGACUAUGUGCCGAAUGGAUUGUGAAGAAUGGCGGCGGUGUACGGUUCGUUGAAAAUCCGACAAAGCUGUGGAAGGACUACAACUCCCUGCCGUCAGAGACGACCCAGUUUUCCAUUAAAGUCGUGGAUGCCACAAAUGCAUCCAUAAUGAAAAUAGGUCUGGCUCAUUUCAAGGGAUGUAAUUCAGUUGACACGGUCAUCUUUCACAAUUGCAAGCAUCUUGAAGACGAUGGACUGGAAGGAUUGUCGCACGUCAAAAACUCGCUGGAGCGGCUUCAAGUGUCCGGCUGCUACAACAUCAGUGAUUCUGGUCUGGGCGUAAUAGGCGAGCUUAAAAACCUAAAGCAACUCCUCAUAUUUGACAUGAUUUUCGUAAAGGACAUGGAUCAAGUGGCUCAAGAGCUGAAGAGGCAGCUGCCCGCGUGCGACAUCAAGGCCACCAAAUUGGGCGUUAAGUUGAAGGAGAAGUAGAAUCUCAUAUAUGACCUUAUUUGUGUGUUUAUAUAAAUGUUGACACAAUAAAACGUCAUCUUGCAAGUUGCAAGUCGUUA